AACAUCAUUAUUUGGUAAGAGUGUCGCCUGUCUUGCGAUGUAGUCUGUCUAAUUUGCAUGCAUGAUUCGCCAGGCUAAACCUAAGUUUGCGUGACCACGUUAUUGGGGGGUGGGGGCACCAGCAAUAAAUAACUAUACAUUAGUGAAACAAUUUACCACUAAACCUACAGCCGAUGCACACAUAAAUGUCCCUAUGACUAAUCCACUCGCCGGGCUACAAUGCUGCAACAAUCUGUGCAAUGUGUUAUCCUCUAAUCGCCAAUAAAAUCCCAUGGAAACUCCCAAUAAUCCGCAAUAAAAUGGUAUUUGCAGGCAUGUCUAUAGAGGGAAGGAGUGAUGCAGGCCGUAUAGAGGAAUCAGAGGUACAUUGUCUUCGUCUGGCUCGCUGUCCUCAGUUGUGAGGCGAGUCCUGGGCAAAUUACACCCACACUUCUCCAACUAUAACAGCCCGGCGUGUGUUUUAACUCCCGCCUGCGCUUUUUUUUCUGCACCGUAUCUCAGCAAAGUGACCCGUGCAAGGCACACAACCCACCGGACCGGGAUUGAGAUUGCUGAUUUUAAGACAUAAUCCACUUUUGCAAUUAACCUUUCACCGGUUCGAGAUCAGUAGGCAAGGUCACCCCUGGCUGCUGUUCUCGUCGCCUCCACAGCGCGCCGCAUGUAAAGCUCUCAGAUGAGUUUAAUGUGUACAGUGUGUUGCACUAUAGGUGACCUAUCACACACCGUCGGUGGUCCUCUCUGUUAAAAAAAAAAAAAUCUGACAAAAGAAACUAGUUCAAGACAAAGGAAUGACUGCAGACUCCCACUGCUGGUGUCCUGAUAACCGGAGAAUUGAGCUCAUUUUCUCGGCCGACUCCAAACCAGCAGCACCUCAGUGAGCAACCACCAGAAGAGACGGAAAAACAGAUUUUUAACUGCAGUUUGGUAAACAGACAACGUCAUGUCUUCUAGGGAGCGCCGGUCAGAUCUCUACAUAAAGGCAGAACCAAGCAGUCCGGAGGGUGGUGGGGGGGGUCGGACCAGCCCUGGUGGGGCCUCUUCAGACUCGUCCCAGAGUGGAGGUGGUGGGACAAGAGGGGACAGUGUGAGGCGUUACUCCCCACCGUUGUACACAACGGCUCUGCGUUGCCACUUCAAAGAGGAGGGUGGCGACGGGGCAGAAGAGGGCUCCACUGGCAGCGGAGGAGGGCGGUGCAAGUACGCCCUGAGCACGCUACCCAAGAGGCUGUGCUUAGUGUGCGGCGAUGUGGCCUCGGGCUACCACUACGGCGUGGCUUCAUGUGAGGCCUGCAAAGCUUUCUUCAAGAGAACCAUCCAAGGUAACAUUGAAUACAGCUGUCCAGCAUCGAAUGAGUGUGAGAUCACCAAAAGGCGCAGAAAGGCUUGCCAGGCAUGCCGCUUCACCAAGUGCCUCAAAGUAGGCAUGCUGAAAGAAGGAGUUCGUCUUGACAGAGUCAGAGGGGGAAGACAGAAGUACAAAAGGCGUCCAGAAGUGGAGAGUGCAACUUACCAGAGUGCCCCUCUACCUCUGAGAAAGGAGAGUGAAAAAGGCUCCUCCAACAUCAUCGUGUCCCACCUCCUAGUGGCAGAGCCAGAGAAGUUGUUUGCCAUGCCCGAUCCCCUGCAGCCCGAUACCGCCCAGCGCACCCUCACCACUCUCUGUGACCUUGCUGACCGCGAGCUGGUUGUCAUCAUCGGUUGGGCCAAGCACAUUCCUGGCUUCCUGUCGCUGUCCCUUGCAGACCAGAUGUCAGUGCUGCAGUCAGUGUGGCUGGAGGUGCUGGUGCUGGGUGUGGCAUACCGCUCCCUCGGCUGUGAGGACGAGGUGGUGUUCGCAGAGGAUUUUGUUCUCGAUGAGGAAAUGUCACGUGUGGCUGGACUGACGGAGCUAAACGCAGCCAUCAGUCAGCUUGCUCGCCGUUUCCGUGCCCUGAACGUGGACCGAGAGGAAUUUGUCAUGCUAAAAGCCAUUGCACUCACUAACUCAGACUCUGUUUACAUAGAAGACAUGGAAGCUGUGCAGAAGCUGCGUGACCUCCUCCACCAGGCGCUACUGGAGCUGGAGUGUCAGCGGCGCCCUGAGGACCCCCAGCGGGCAGGACGCCUCCUCCUCACGUUGCCUCUCCUCCGACAGACUGCUGGUCGUGCCCUCACCACUUUCUACAGCAUCAAGACCCGUGGUGGCGUACCCAUGCACAAACUCUUCCUGGAGAUGUUGGAGGCCAUGAUGGACUCCCCCUAGAGGGACAAGCAGUGUGAGCAAGAGGACGCAGGGAAAGAUUUAUCAGAGAUCUAGUCUGCAAGAGUGAAUGAGUGGUCAGCGUGAACCGCAAGAUUUUAGUAUAGAAUUAAUAAUGAGGAGGAUAAUUCCUUUUCUUUUUAGGCUAUAUGAAGAAAGGAUAAGAAUAUGAGGGAAGAAAACCCUUGUGUAUCCAUGUCCCUGUUAAGUGGGAGUCAGUUACUUAAGUCAUAACUGCCAAACUUCAGCGAAAGGUUAAAAAGACCCACUCCAAUCCAGAUGUGGAGAAAAAAAACUGAAGUGAAGACAUUCGGCGUGAAUGCCAUUCAAUUUUUACCAUCUUUGAGGUGUGCUCCAUCACAGCAUUUAUCUGCAGUUACAUAACCACUCAAGAACGACGUCAAGGUACCCGAGACCAGGCUGCAACCAUGUGGCUUUUGAACUUUUUGCAAAUAAUGCAAUAUCCACCCAUGAAAGCCAUAAUGAAACAUCUGGCAAACAGCCAUUGACGGAGGGUCCAGCGUAGGGUCAGACGGACACGCACUACGGAGUGCUUGUAUUUACUAUAAUUUAGUCUGCCUUUUAUUGGCAAAUUCAUAGGAAUUACUUGCAAUAUGUUAAAAGCAAUACAAAUACUUGAUUGUCAGUCUGUCACAUUGAAAAUGUGGAUAAAAUGGUGAGACAGCCA